AUGGAAGGUUUGGUGGGUUUAUGUACCAUCACUCCAGUUAGUCCCUCAUAUAGGCAGCAUCAUUCUCUUUUCAUUCCACGUAUUUCCCUACAACUGAGGAAGCAGCUAAUGCAAAGCAGUCUCGUGACCAUGAAACAACAUCGUCCAUUUAAGUUAGUUGCUGCUUCAACUGAACCAUUAAAAACCUCAUUGGGACAGUUCGAUAACACUCUGCCAUCUAAAGAAGUGCUUGACCUUUGGAGAAGAGCUGAUGCGGUGUGCUUUGAUGUCGAUAGCACUGUGUGCCUUGAUGAAGGCAUUGAUGAACUUGCAGACUUUUGUGGAGCUGGGAAAGCUGUUGCAGAAUGGACAGCAAGGGCGAUGGGUGGUUCUGUUCCUUUCGAGGAUGCAUUGGCUGCUAGAUUAUCUCUAUUCAAACCAUCCUUGUCUCAAGUUCAAGACUUUUUGGAAAAGAGACCUCCUAAGAUUUCUUCUGGCAUAGAUGAGUUAGUCAAGAAGCUCAAGUCCAAGAAUAUCAAUGUUUACCUGAUCUCUGGUGGCUUCCGACAGAUGAUAAAUCCCGUUGCAUCAGUCCUGGGCAUUCCAGUUGAUAAUAUAUUUGCCAACAACCUUCUAUUUGAGAGUUCAGGAAAGUUUCUAGGGUUUGAUGCAAAUGAGCAUACAUCAAGGAGUGGAGGAAAAGCUACUGCUGUGCAGCAGAUAAGAAAGGCUCAUGGAUACAAAGCUAUGGUAAUGAUUGGGGACGGUGCAACUGAUCUUGAGGCCCGAAAACCAGGUGGUGCUGACUUAUUCAUCUGCUACGCUGGUGUUCAGCUCCGGGAGGCUGUUGCAGCAGAAGCUGAUUGGCUUGUUUUCAGUUUCACAGACCUGAUUAACUCUCUGGAAUAA